CUGCUCAGACACUUCAUCGCCGUCCUUUCCUCCCCUGUCCUCCUGUUGGUUUCUCGACACCGAAGCGAGCAUCAAGGGAGAGGAGGGAGAGAUCGAGGGGAAGAGCCCCGAGUGGAUCGGAAAUGGCGUCGCAGAAGGAGCGCGAGAACUUCGUCUACAUCGCCAAGCUCGCAGAGCAAGCCGAGCGCUACGACGAGAUGGUGGAUGCGAUGAAGAAGGUCGCGAAGCUCGACGUGGAGCUCACCGUGGAGGAGCGGAACCUGCUCUCGGUGGGCUACAAGAACGUGGUCGGCGCACGGAGGGCUUCCUGGAGGAUCCUCUCUUCGAUCGAGCAGAAGGAGGAGUCGAGAGGGAACGAGCACCAUGUCAAGAACAUCAAGGAGUACCGGCAGAAGGUGGAGUUGGAGCUCUCGAACAUCUGCACUGAUAUUGUUACCCUGAUCGAUGAGCACCUCAUCCCUUCGUCGUCGGCCGGGGAAUCCUCUGUAUUCUACUAUAAGAUGAAGGCCGAUUACUAUCGUUACCUGGCGGAGUUCAAGGCUGGGAAUGAGAGGAAAGAAGUAGCAGAACAGUCUCUAACAGCGUAUCAGGCAGCCACAAGUACAGCCGAGGCAGAUCUCGCUCCUACUCAUCCAAUUCGAUUGGGAUUAGCAUUGAAUUUCUCUGUAUUUUAUUAUGAGAUCAUGAACUCACCUGAACGGGCUUGCCACCUUGCAAAACAAGCCUUUGAUGAAGCUAUUUCUGAGCUUGACACACUGAGUGAAGAAUCAUACAAGGACAGCACAUUGAUUAUGCAACUAUUGAGGGAUAACCUUACCUUAUGGACAUCUGACAUCCCUGAAGAUGGAGCAGCAACAGAAGAUCCUAUAAAGGAAAGUAAUGGCAAGCCUGGUGCAGUCGAAGAUGCAGAGUGAGGAUGCCCGAACUGGUGACGCCCAGUGGAUGACUAUUUGGAAGCUGUUCUUAUCAUUUGAAUUCCGGUUGGUCUAGUUUUUAGAUUAUCUGUUAUUGGUUCCUGUUCUCAUUUUAAUCGACUUGAAUUAGGAAAUUUAUCUGAACUUGGAGGUUGAAGAUCUUGUUGCUUCCGUGUCUAGUCCCGGUACUAUCAUGUUAUAGUGUUUGAUCUGUUUGGUGGCUGCCUAAAGAGAUGUGAUGUCAUGAGCGUUCCCUGUUGCUGAAUCAAUGUUUUUUGUUUUCUGCAA